CUGAGCCUGGGCUUCAGGAGGGCGACACAUUCCCUGGAAGGGGGUGGGGGUGGGGAAAUAAAACUGUUCAGUUCGAACGGAUAUCCAGCACUCCUUCCAAAGCAGCCUCGGAGGUAUUUUUAAAGGUACCUUUUACAGAAAGCAGACAUGGAAAAUUCUUCAGUAGCCUCUGCUUCUUCAGAAGCUGGAAGUAACAGAUCUCAGGAGAUAGAGGAACUGGAAAGAUUCAUCGAUAGCUAUGUCCUAGAAUACCAGGUUCAGGGGUUACUCACAGACAAACCAGAAAAUGAUGUAGAUGGUGAAAAGACACCACCAAAUUCGCAGUGGAAUGAGGAUUUCACAGACACCCUAGAUGUAAACUGGACAUCCCCAAAAGAAAAGAACUCCUGCAAACAAACAAAUCAGAUCUGUAACCAAGAGACAUCUUAUGAUAUUCUAGGAACAGAUAUCUGGGCAGUUAACUCCUUUGAAAAUAUCAGUGGAGCAACAUGGGAUCUACAACCCGAGAAAUUAGAUUUCACCACCUCGUUUCAUCGAAAGCAUUUACAAAACGCUUCCAAGUACCUCCCUCACAUUGAGCGAGAAGGAAUGGUGAAAGGGAAGUUUGAAGAGGACAGAAACAUUACUUUGAAUGAUCUGGACAAAGUACUUCCUGUGAGGACGGUCUAUCAACCAUUAUCUAAUGAAGCUGAAGUUGCACAGACCAAGAAAUUAUUCCGGAGGCGAAGGAAUGACCGGAGGAGACAACAGAGGACUCCAGGAGGAAACAAAGCUCAGCAGCAGCAACAUGGGGAACAUCAGCCCAGCAACGCAAAGCACAACCGGGAUCACUCAAGACAAUACCAGCCUCCAGCGCCACAUUCAGGAGGAAAGCAGGGUCCGCCGAACCACGGCUACAGCCAGCAGCGCCGAUGGCAACACAACCAGAAACAUUCUCCUAAUGACAAAGAGUUGAACAGGAAUGCCAAAGACAGUAAUAACGUUCAAGGCGAGGAUCCCUCAAAAAGCUCUGCCCAGACGGCAGAGGAGCUGAAUAAGCCUGCAGAUCCGCCCAGCAGUCCAACUCCACAGAACCUCCGGAACUCUGAAACAAAACGGAAAGACAGCAUUUCAGAUCGGCAGGUGGAUCAACCGAAAGUUAAUUUAUUGGAGUCUUCCAAAGAUAGGCUGAAAAGAAGGCUCAAGGAAAAGGACAACCCCCUCAUCCCAGGAAUCAAUCUAGUGAACCUUUGUUGCACUCCCUCUAAGGAUGAAAUUUCCUUGAACGUGACUAACCCUCAGAAAACCAAAAUGGACAAAUUGAUAGAAAUCCUCAACAGCAUGAGGAACAACAGUAGCGAUGUGGACUCCAAUCUCACAACUUUCAUGGAGGAGGCACAAAACUCGACCAACUCUGAGGAGAUGCUAAACGAGAUAGUUAAAACCAUUUAUCACAAGGCCGUAACGGACAGGAGUUUUGCUUCAACAGCUGCCAGAUUGUGCGAUAAAAUGUCUCUCUUCAUGGUGGAAGGAACUAAAUUCCGAAGCUUGCUUCUCAAUAUGUUACAGAAAGAUUUCACGGUGAGAGAUGAGCUACAGCAAACUGACGUAGAGCACUGGCUUGGAUUCAUCACCUUUCUCUGCGAAGUAUUUGGAAUCAUGCGAAGCAACGCGGGAGAGCCCUUCCGUGUGCUCGUCUGUCCUAUCUACACAUGUCUCCGGGAGCUGUUGCAGUCACAAGAUGUCAAAGAAGAUGCUGUUCUCUGCUGCUCGAUGGAGCUGCAGAGCACAGGCAAGCUACUGGAGGAACAGCUGCCAGAGAUGAUGACAGAGCUGCUGGCAGCAGCACGCGACAAGAUGCUAGGCCCCUCGGAGUCAGCACUGACGAGGUCUCUCCUCCUCGAAGUCAUCGAGCUGCAUGCCAAUAACUGGAACCCGCUAACCCCCACCAUCACGCAGUACUACAACAAAACCAUCCAGAAACUAACUGCUUAAAAAAAAAAGCCUGAAAAAAAAAGCAGGGGGGAAAUAAAAGAGAAACCAGGAAGGUGGAAGAACAAAAUAUAGGAAGGUGCUGUCUUUUUUUUAAUUAACAAAAAAAAGACUUUUUAUUGGAAAAGAGGGGAAUGUAUUACAUAUAAAACAGAAAGAUAAGUCCCAGCAUGCUGCAAAUCAUUUUAUGAGCGCAUUCUUUCAUUCGAGUGCCAAUCCUUCCUUUUCCCCCUCCUGUGUUUUUGAUUGUGGUUCAUCAGUCUACAACACACACCUGUGGUUUGUGGAGGGCUGGAGCUAGCCUGGUAUUGUGUUCAGUAUGUGUAUGUGUAUGCGCUCUCUGUGUUUUAUUUGUUCUGCCAUUAAAACAGCCGUCUUGCUGGGCAGCUGGCAGAAGGUGACACUUAGCAGAUGGCCUGGCAGAACAAUAGAAAGCACGUUCUAUGCCAGGCUCGAAAAUCAAUUACUUCAUGCGGGGCUGGUUUUAAAUUGACCUACAGUUUUUGUUUUAUACACUCACUUUUCUUGAUUGCUCAUUCUCGGAAAGCGGGGAAAAUAGUUAAUAUACAUUUACAGUACAACUUUGCCUGCAGAUUAUUUUAACACAAGCUAAAAUGUUUUAAGUUCUAUGGCUUUACAAACAAUAUUUUGAAGCUAUGCAUUGGAUUAGGUGAUUGAAAGUGCAGGUUUUGAAUUUUUUGUUGUUAAAUUGGUUAAAGGCUAAAUGCAACAGAAGUCAUGUCUUGGCCUUAUAAGCUAAAAUUAAUUUCAGUAUCCCAAACUAUCUGUCAAUAUAUUGUUAUGGGGGAGUUUAUCCCACAGACUUACAGUAUUUAGUUUGGAUGGCAAGUCUGCAAAACAAUUAACAUAACUCUUAGUUUUCUCAACAGUUCACCUGUAUUAAUGAGUAAAAUAAUUCCCCAUAUAGUUGUCUGUUCAGUCACGUGAUGUGCAUGGAGGAACUAUCUUUAUGAUAAUUCUGUUUGCGGAACCAGAAGUGAAACAUGAUGGGUUAUGAAUUUGACUCCAGUUGAUUUGUCAGGUGCUGCUGAGUUGAGACAAUGUUAUAAAGGUUUUUUUAAAUAAUGCAUUGCUGCUGGUCUUGCUGUAUGCAAACUGGCUUUGGCCUUUCCUAAUGCAGCAUUUAAGUUUCAUGUAUACUUACUUGGCUGUAAAGUGCUUUGGGACAUCCUGAGAGUUGUGAAGACCAUUCUUUCAAUAAGUUUUUUUAAUCGUUACAGAAGAUUGAAAGUUCAGAUUAUCAGCAUCUGACUUUGAACACCAUAGUAUGUUGCCACCAGGCAAUACACUGCAUACUUCGUUAAUUUGUGUAAUAAAUGCUGUCUGAAUUAUCUUGCACAAUAAGUGCUAAGUGUACUGCUCGCUGACUGGCUGUUGUAAUCACCUUGAUUAUAAUUCAGUGAAUUUGUUGUGACUUUUUUUUAUUGUUCUUGACUUCCCAAUCAAUGUUCUCUGGUAUUACUACAGUUGACAGAGGACAGAGGGAGAACUGCCCACUGAUUGCAACUAUGUAUUUUAACGCAUUGUUGACAGUGAUUACAAAUGCAUUACAGGAUAGUCAGUAUACGUGAUAAUAAUUCAAUCAAACUGUUCAUUGAUCGGCUGACCAUGAAUUUGGGAUUGCUUACAUUCUUUGGUGUUUGUUACACUAUAAUAGCUUCCAAUUAGGUGUUUGAAGGGACUUCCUUGUACAUUGAAACCUUCACAAAAGACAGUAUGGCAGAUUUAUCUUGGACAGUGAAUUAUAAUCCAUUCUAAUGCACCUGUCUAAUUUUCAGGAGGUACAAAGAAGAGCCAAUGGGGGCAAGCUAUUGACAGGAUCUGCAUGGCAGGCUGGUCAAAAGAGGAAAGCCUAUGAGGAUCCAAGGGAAAGUGGCAAUGUAGAACCAAACUUGGCUCAGUGGCAGAGUAAUUAUUGUUGGUGUUGGAAGGCUGUUACCAAUGGGGUUCCAUUGGGUUCUGUGCUCAGCUCCUUGCUUUUCGUAAUAUUAAUGAUUUAGGCUUAAUUGUAGAGUGCAUAAUAAGGAAGUUGCAGAUUCAAAAACUGUGUGGUUGAUAGGAGGAAAGCUUUAGAAUGCAGAAUAAUAUAAAUGGUUGAGGUGUUUGAGGAGAAAAGUGGCGAAUCUGGAGAAAUGGGUGGUAAUGUAUUUGGGAAAGGAAAGAUGCAGUAAAUGGGAGGAUAUUGAGUGACGUAGAAGGACAGAAAGACCUUGGAUGGAACAUCAAUAAGUCCUUAAAGAUAACAGGACAGGGCACUAAUAUGAAGAUAGCACAAUGCUUUCUUUGAACUGAGACAUAGAAUAUAAGAGCAUAGAAGUAAUACCUGGACUGUAUGCAACAGUUUGCAUACUGUCUAUGGGCCACCACAUUACUGAAAAAGUGUGAUUGUCUAAAAAGGCGCAGAGGAGAAUUGCAAAGAUCUUACCAGAACUGGGUUAUAGAAGUAUGAGGAAAGAUUGCAUUAGAUGGGGUUGUUUACUUUGGAACAGAGGGGAGACUUAAUUGUGGACUAUAAAAUUAUGAAGGACCUACCAAUGUAAAUGGGAAAACCCUAUUUCCCUUAGCAGAAGGGUUUAAAAAAAAUAGGUGGCAUAGAUUUUAAGUAAUUGAAAAAGAAGAGUUGAAUCUCUUCUGCACCCUCUAUCAUGCAGUCACAUUCUUCUUGAAGUCUGGUGACUAGAAAUGUAGCAUAACUCCAGCUGUGGCCUAACCAGUAUUAUAUACAACUCUAACAUAAUCUACCUGCUUUUAUAUUCAGUGCCUCGACCAAUAAUGGCAAGUAGUCCAUGUGCUGUAACCACCUUUUCAACCUGUCCAGGAAUGUCUGGGAAUCUGUGGGCUUGUACCGCAUGAUCCCUUUGUUUCUCUACAUUUCCUCUGUUCUCUUGCCUUGUUCUCCAGUUCAUUACCUAGCAUUUAUGUGGACUCUAUUUUAUUUAACAUUUGCAUAACCAUUUUCCCACCACCCCCCCCCCCCCCCCCCCCCGCACCGCACCGCAGACCAAAGUGAUUCUGGUAAGGUAGGAUUUAAUUCCUCCUCUAUUUCCAUGAGGAGAAGUGGUUUUGUAAUGGGGCUUGUAAGAAAGAAUUCUGAUGUAUAGAGCAAUCAGUCAGCAACUGAUGAAGAAGGAAAGAUUAAAGUUCAGCACACAGCCUUGGGAGAAGUGAAAAGAGAUAUUGGCCUAGGAAUUGUAUUGUGUAGCAUGCUUCUGCAAUAGAACUUCAUUGGUAAAUUGAUCAUGUUGGCUUACUGUGCCAAUCUGUAUGUUUGUCAUCCGCACAGGUGCGUGCAUGGAUGUAAUUAGACAUGCACAAUAGUAUCCCAACUACGUGCAGUCCAUGUCUGGACUCGGCUCAUAUCUGUAGCCAACAGAAAGUGACAUCCACAAUUAAUGUUUAGCCUACUUCAACAAGAAGUAAAGGAGAUCUUCCUGCUCAAGUCUUAAUCCAAUAGAAGACUACAUUGGGACUGGCUGCCAAUUGGUGCCUUUUACAUUUAAAAUUUUGCCCCUCACUUCAGUUCUUUUUCAGGGGCCUUCCACCACCACAUUGUAACCUCGACCCUGUCUAACCCCAUUGGACCCCUUACCUCUUUGACCUCAUCCUUAUUGUCUUUUUUUUAACCCCAAACCUACCCUAAUUACCUGGCAUCUUGGACUUUGCAGCAUCAGGCCUUCAUACAAAAUGUACAUUGAUAUACAACUCAUCACAUAUUCAACACCCCUUUCCUGCUGCCAAAGAACUUCUGAGCCACAUGAUUUCUGAAGCCGCAAUGUAUUUUACAACGUACAUAAUGUAUAGGGAGCCUGCAAAACGCUGCAACAAGCACCCCACGUCAAAGCAGAAAGUAGUUUUGUCUUUAUGUAAUAAAUAGAUUACUGUACAACUAAAAUGCUAACACAUUUCUAUGGAUCUCCAAAUGCGGGGCUGCACUCCUGUUAACACAAAGGCUGUCCAAAAAUAAGUCAACCAUUAUAAAUACACAUGAUGACACUACUCGUCAUCAGGAGGGCCGCUGUUCACCUUCUGCGCAGGGCUGAGUUGAUUCACUUUGGAUGGCGAUCCUACGGUUAGCCUCAAUGGACUUGAGAGGGAAUGCAUUGAUGACCAGACAUCCAUAGUUGACAAUCUGUUGAUAGUCAGGCCUAAAAUUUUGCUCCAUUUAAUCUCUGCUCUUUUUUUAAAAGCAGUGUAACAUGGUAUGUGAAUGCCUUUUUUGUUCCCAAAGCAUUGAUAUGCUUGUGAUCUUCCAAUGUGCAUCAUUAAAAAGCAUUAUUGAGUUUGGCAUGAAAUGCCAUUGUUUACAAGGUCUGUGCAGCCACUGAAACCAACUCUAGCAAUGUUAUGUGGCUACAUGCAGUUAAAGGGAUAAAUGCAAUGCCCAAGUACCAUUGUGGCAACUGUAUAGAGUGCAUGUAACUUGGGGAAACCUGCAACGCAAGCAAGUCCUCGUGCAUGGUCUGUAUCAUCCUCUGAACUAAAGGGAAAAUAAGACUUCUCCCCUUGAGUGACCUUCCUGUUGGAGCAUCAAACAGCAAACUGUGAGAUGUGACCUAAUCAACAGCAGAAGUUUGAAAUUAUCAUGAGACUAGGAAAUUGAGAAUAGGCACAGGCAGGCGGUCACAGAUCUCAGGACUUUCUUGCUGAAGCGUGGCCUACGUAAAGGUUGCUCCUCAGAAGUCAAAAUAAGAGGCUCUCUCACUGUAAAUGUUGGAUGAAUGCAAUAUCUUUGGCGAUUGAGCCUUUCUGUGACUCUCGCCACAUGGUCUCUGUGGCUGCCUGUGGUGCAGUAAGAGGAGUGUUUGGUAUAAACGUAUAUCCGUGGGAAAUAAGUCAUUAAAUCAGAAGUAUAGUUGAAGGUAUCAGGAAGGCUCAGUUCUAAGUAAGAACAAUGUUUGAAGUGAACAGUGUUUAAAGGAACCAGUGAGGCUGCAGAACACUGGAGUGGCCUGAUGUUGAAUGUAGUUUGGGUGUGACCGACCUAUUAAAUAGCAUGAUUUUGAGGAAGUAGAGAUAGUAAGAGUUAUUUGUUCAGUGAGUAAAUAAGGAUUGUUGUUUUCUGCACCAGGGAGGUUGAAAACCAAACUGAAAUACAAAAUAUGGACAUGACACCAUUACUGACAUCAUUGUCGAGAAUUUCUUGCUGGAACCAUGUUUAUAGCUUUAGCGGAACUUCUAUCAGAACACCAGCAGGCCUGAAGAUUGGCACGAUUUUGUUCUGCAUGGGAUUAACCUUCAACUGCCCAUCACUUUUUUUCUCGCUGCUGUGAGAAUGAAUUUCUCGGCUUUAACAUAGGAUCGUGUAUAAAGUGUGGUGAGGCACCAGAGAGCAGUUCCCAACCGUACCACAGCACAAAGUUAGUGUCUUCAAGAGCAAAAGGAGGAAGAUGCUAAGCAACUGGAAUGUAGGAAAAUGAAUCCUAAAAGCCACAAGAUACUAUUGCUAAAUUCCCUGGACCGGUAGACAAAGAAUUAUCAUGGGCACCAUUAUUUGGAGCAGUGGGUCCUUUAGCAGAUCUCUUGUCUCUGAUUAAGAAGUUGUAUGUUGAAGUCACAUUCCAGAGACUUGAGCAUAACAAUCUAGCCUGAAG